UCCUUUUCUUUCUCUCUUAAUCAAUUCUCUUUCUUUAAUGCUUUCUUCCUCUUCCUACUUCCAUUUUUACCCAUUCUACAACACUUUUUUCAGUUUUCUCAUCAUAUAAACAAGAUCAAAAUGGAAGAUUUUCAAACUUCCAAGAAAAGAAAGGUGGCUGAGAAGACUGUGGUGAAAGUGAAACUUGAAGGAAAAAAGAAGAGUGAUCAAAACCCUUCUUGUGAUUGUUGGUCUUGGAGGAAAUAUGGUCAAAAACCUAUCAAAGGGUCUCCUUAUCCAAGGGGAUACUACAAAUGUAGCACAUCAAAAAGUUGUUCAGCCAAGAAGCAAGUGGAGAUAUGUAGAACAGAUUCAACCAUGCUCAUCAUCACUUACACCUCUACCCAUAAUCAUCCAAACCCUAAUCUCUCCAAACAGUCGAAAACCGAUUCAAAACCUGAAAUGAACACCAUUCUUGAACCUGAUCAAGAGAACGAAGAGCAAAAACCCGUUAUUACGCCCAAAGAUGAUGGUUUUUGCUACAUUAAGACCCUAGAAGAUGAAACUCAUUUAGCGGUAACUCUUGAAAAUACAUACUUUGAUGAAGAACCUCUUUCAUAUCCGGAUCUCAUGAACUUUUCAGCAACGAAAACCGAAGAAAACGACUUCUAUGAUGAACUUGAAGAGCUACCAAUGUCUUCCUCAUCAUUCAAAAGCAUCAUGAGAAGUAAUUUCUUUGAGGAGAGAGUUCUUGUUCAACCUUCUUGAUUAAGGGUGAGAACCAAAUAUGUAACUAAAUGUAGUUGUUUGUUAUUUGAAGUUAGGUAGUACCAAUAAUAUAUAUAAAAUAAUAAUCCCUCUAAACUAGAGGCACUUAGUGUAGAUAUAUUAAUUAUAAUGCUAAUUUUGUGGAUCAUUGUUGGUUCCAAGAUGUUUUGUGUUUUU